AACCUCUACGCGGUGGUUUGCACCACACAGCUCUCAGUCGCUCGUCGAACACCGCCCGCUGGCCACGCGACUAACCGGUUAAUUCCGCUUUUUUUCAAAAUGGCCGCUCUGACGCUGUGCUUUUUGGCAGUUUUGUGCAGUUUGCUACAUCAAGGUUCAGCCAUCGUCUGCUACCAAUGCAACAGCCAUAACGACUCCCGGUGUCUCAUGGACAAACUACCUGACUCCCUUCGCAAGGAGUGUGGCUCCAAGGACACCAUGUGCAGAAAGAUCUCACAGAUUGUGGAGUUCGAGAUGAACGGCAUGCCGCCAGACAGCAGGGUCAUCCGAGGCUGUGGCUGGGAUGAGAGCAGCUACAAGGGUCGUUGCUACCAGCGUUCCGGCUUCGGAGGUCGCCAGGAAGUCUGCUCCUGUCUCGAAGACGGCUGCAACGCUGCCACAACCCCCGCGGCCGCCACAUUUCUCAUGCUGAUCACUGCCGCUGUACUCAGGUUCUAGAACCCGGUGGAACGUUCUCACUGCCGUUGUACUCAGGUUCUAGAACCCGGUGGGUUCCGUAGGGCUGUAGGUAGUCUAGUCGAAAGAUUUAAUGUUUGAAGGUUGCCGAGUAAAAAUAAACGAAUAUUAAGGUGCACAGCUAAACAUUAAAUUUAUUCUCAAGUGGACAUGCCCCAGGAUGGGAUUGUGACUACAAAUUUUUUGUACACAGUUCACUAAACAUUAGAUUCACGGUUUUCAUGUCGUUGUCCCGUUUUCUCAUUUUUUUUGAAAUUCUGAAUGAUAUAAACAAUGUAAUAUGGUUAAUUAAGUAGUAGGGGUAUUCCAGAAAAGUGGCAUGUACCCAUGUGAUGCAUUUUUUUACAAUUCGAAUUAAAGUGACCUACUAUCUGCCUAGGUUAAUACACUACUCCGAAUACGUUUACUUUUUUUGGAAUGCCCCACAAUAACUAUGCCUAAUGUCCACAGAAGAAUCGACUUUUGUUAGCGAUCUAUUUCAUUUCGAAGUUUUUGGAUCAAAUUCGGCAAUUUUUUAGUAGACACUGAAAACAGCAAUGAUCUAGUUGCUAUCUCAAUUGACUCAGUUACAUUUUCUGUUACCACGAAAUCCCGCCGCAGCAUUGUAUAAUAAUAGGUAUUAUUAGAUGUUUAAAUAGAUUAUGUAACUUAUUUGAAUGAUUCUCAAUGUUCUCAUUCUAUGUGUUCGUUAUGUAAGCUACGUGUUAAGUUAUUUAGAUACUUAGCGAACUGUAAAUAGAUAUGAUAAUUGACGAUAAUGCCACUGUAACUGUCAAUCUGUUAACCGCGGACACUGUAAAGUUUAUUGUGCCAUAGAAUAUUUGUUGUGUUUGUGUUUUGCUAUUAUAUUUAUUAGUUUUUCA